AUGAAGUAAAACUUAAAUAAGUUACUAAAUUAUUCUUGAUUUUAGUGGUUUUAACGAUAUAUUAAGUUUAAUUCAAAGCUUGCUAUUGAUUAAUAAUUAAUAAAGCCAAUAUUCUUAGAACUUCAAUAAAAAGAGUUAGAUUUAUCAAUUCAUCUUAAGAAAAGUAAACAUUUAAGUGUUCAUUCAGAAUAAUCUUCUUAAAUAAUCUAAUCUAAAAUGAAGGAGUUAUAAUUAAAAAAUUCACUUAUAAUUUAAUAUAGAAUAAUUCAAUUAAACAAACUUAAGGAUGUGGAGCAAUUGCAUUUAACAAUGAUAAUUCAAUUAUAUUAGCUGGUUGUAAUAAAUAGAUCAAAGUAUUCGAAUUUAAACAAGAAUAAUUGAAACAAACUCAACUUCUAAGUGAACAUUCUAGUAGUGUUGAUACUUUGAAUUUUAUAAAUUAAUCGAGUUAGUUUAUUAGGAAGUUCAGAUAAUUGUAUCAUAAUACGGUAAAUGAAUGA